AUGGCAAUUGACUCGCUUGGUUUAUUCGCAAUUCUUCUGAUUUUUUCCUCGUUUUGGAUUACGGUAUGUGGCGGAAAGAAGAAAAAGAAAGCAGGGCCAAAACCGACACAACCACCGGGGAAAUCGACGGAAACAGCAGUUCCAUUGAAUACUCCAGAGAAGACUCCAGAGAAGACUCCAGAGAAGAAGAAAGAACAGACGGAUACAUUAAAGUCUUUGGAUAAAUCGAAGAAAUCUGGAACGGAAGGAGAGAAAAAAGAAGAGAAAAAGGAAGAGAGUGAAAUGAAAAAAGAAGAAGAAAAGAAGGAAGAAGAAGAAGAGAAAAAAGAGGAAAGUGAGAUGAAAAAAGAGAGUGAAAUGACGAAAAAUAUGAGUAAAGUGGAUGAUAAGAAGGUUGAAGACAAGAAAAAAGAGGAGAAGAAGGAAGAGGAAAAAGAAGAAAAGAAAGAAGAGAAAAAACCAGAAGAGAAGAAGAUGUCGGCUGAAAAAGAGAAAGAGAAAAAGGAGGAAAAGAAGUCGCCUGAAAAGGAAAAAGAAAAGAAAGCGGAGGAGAAAAUGGAAAACGACGGUGGCAACGAGAAACCUCACGUCUCCGCCGACCCCGUGGGCCCUCUUCUCUUCAAAGCGGAUCAAUCCUCCCAAUCGAAAGUUGUAUUGAAAAACAUUCAUGACAAGAAGAUUAUGUUCAAGAUCAAGUUAUCGGAUAAUGUUUCAUUUCAAGUUAACCCAGUAUUCGGAGUGUUGGAGCCAGGGAAAACAGUUGACGUGGCAGUUACACAUCGGAAGUCAACGCCGAAAGAAGGAAAAUUGGUUAUAGUGAAUACAGUGCUAAUCGGCGACGAGAAAAAGGUGGCGGAACUUUUCAAGACAGUUACCAAACCGACUGGAGGAGCGCUAACAGUCAAAUGGAGUGCUAAAUGA